CACAGUCAGUCAACACAGAAAAUCAGUUUCAGCUUCUCCUUUGUGCAAUCACCAAGGGUCAGCUAAAGUAACCAUGAUGGGCAAGGUCAUCUUCUACGAGGACAGAAACUUCCAGGGUCGCUCUUAUGAGUGUAUGGGAGACUGUGGUGACUUCUCCUCCUACAUGAAUCGUUGUCACUCUUGCAGAGUGGAGAGCGGCUGCUGGAUGAUGUACGACCAAACCAACUACAUGGGAAGUGGAUAUUUCUUCAGGAGGGGAGAGUAUGCUGAUUACAUGUCUAUGUUUGGAAUGAACAACUGCAUCAGGUCUUGUCGUAUGAUCCCCAUGGUGAGCUCCAUAAGCGUUUUGAAUUUUGGGGGGAAAUUAACUAAUUGUCUCAAUUUAAUUGUUUAUAUUUAUGAUCAACAUCAGUGUUGG